CGGAGGUUGAAUGGUGAGUUGGUGCCUCCAUUCCAUACGCCCCCCCCUUUCUCUCUCUUUGGCAAAUGAGAUGGGAUGACUACUGUACUCGUUUUGGGUCAACUUUUCCUAUUUUUCCAACUCUUAAUCUUAUUUUUUAAUUUAAUUUUAAUUUUAAUUUUCUCCACUGCUUUCUUUCGUUUCUUCCUAUUCCCAUUUGUUUUUUUCUUCUCAGCAAAAGAAGAAACCCCAUCAUCAGCACUUUCAACAUCAAGAUCCAAACCCUAAUUCAAAUUCUUUCUAAACUCCCCCGAUUUUAAUCAUUUCAUGCAAGUCAAACACCUUAUGGGAAGAAUCCACUUCGCCCCUUUAUUCCAACCUCAGUUGUGCAGCGAUUUUUCGAACUAGAACUAGAGUUUUGUCAAACGCAUCCUUCCUAUUCCUUUUUUGUCUCUCUUCAAAAUCUAAAAAAGGUCAGAUGGCUGGGAGCUGGGACGGAAGUUACGACCCUGGCAGUCAGUCAGAUGAUAGCCAUCAUUUUGAGAGACUGCACAUAGAGCCCCUUUAUGAUGCAUUUGUUUGCCCUUUGACUAAGCAAGUUAUGCGUGACCCUGUGACGUUAGAAAAUGGCCAAACAUUUGAACGUGAAGCAAUUGAAAAAUGGUUCAAGGAAUGCAGGGAAAGUGGAAGGAGGCUGGUUUGCCCAUUGACCCAAAAAGAACUGAAAAGUGCGGAUCUAAACCCGAGUAUCGCUUUGCGGAACACCAUUGAAGAGUGGACUACUAGGAAUGAAGCAGCCCAGCUUGAUAUGGCUCGUAGAUCAUUAAAUAUGAACAGUUCAGAAGAUGAUGUUCUGCUGUCUCUGAGGUUUAUCCAGCGUAUCUGCCAAAAGAACCGAUCAAAUAAGCAUGCUGUACGCAAUGCUGAUCUGAUACCUAUGAUUGUUGACAUGUUAAAGAGCAGCAGCCGUAAAGUUCGGUGCAAAGCAUUGGAGACACUCCUUGCAGUGGUCGAGGAAGAUGAAGAUAAUAAGGCAAUAUUGGCUGAGGGGGACACUGUGCGCACAAUAGUUAAAUUCUUGUCCCAUGAACAGUCCAAGGAGAGGGAGGAGGCUGUCUCUUUGCUGUAUGAACUUUCAAAAUCUGAAGCCUUGUGUGAGAAGAUUGGUUCUAUUAAUGGAGCAAUUCUUAUAUUAGUUGGAAUGACCAGCAGUAAAUCUGAGAACAUUUCAACUGUUGAGAAAGCUGAUAAAACUCUAGAAAAUCUGGAGAAGUGUGAGAACAAUGUCCGACAGAUGGCUGAAAAUGGUAGACUGCAGCCUCUUUUGACCCAGAUUCUUGAAGGUCCACCUGAAACAAAGCAUUCCAUGGCUGCAUAUCUUGGUGACUUGGUUCUGAAUAAUGAUGUGAAGGUACACGUUGCAAAAACUGUAGGUGAAUCUCUAAUCAAUAUCAUGAAAAGUGGUAACAUGCAAUCAAGAGAAGCUGCUCUGAAGGCACUUAACCAGAUUUCAUCUUUUGAUGCAAGCUCGAAGGUGUUGAUUGAGGCAGGAAUACUUCCUCCUCUUGUCAGAGACCUCUUCACUGUUGGUGCAAAUCUGCUUCCCAUGCGACUUAAAGAAGUCUCUGCCACAAUUCUGUCCAAUGUUGUAAACUCAGGAUAUGAUGUUGACUCCAUUCCUAUUGGGCUGGACCAUCAGACUCUUGUUUCUGAAGACAAUGUCCAUAACUUACUUCAUCUAAUCAGCAACACUGGUCCACCAAUCGAGUGCAAACUUCUUCAAGUUCUUGUUGGACUCACCAAUUCUCCGACAACAGUUCUGAAUGUUGUUGCUGCAAUUAAAAGCUCUGGAGCUACUAUCAGUUUGGUUCAGUUUAUAGAGGUUCCACAGAAGGAUUUGCGGAUGGCAUCCAUAAAACUUCUCCAGAAUCUCUCUCCUCACAUGGGUCAGGAAUUAGCAGAUGCACUACGUGGAACAGUUGGUCAGCUCAGCAGCCUAAUUAGAGUCAUAUCAGAAAAUACAGGAAUUUCUGAAGAACAGGCAGCAGCUGCUGGCCUCUUAGCUGAACUCCCAGAGAGGGAUGUGGGCCUCACAAGGCAAAUGCUAGAUGAAGGUGCUUUUCAGUUGAUCAUCUCUAGAGUUGUUAAAAUCAAGCAAGGAGAUAUUAGGGGCACUCGCUUCGUAACACCAUUCCUUGAAGGACUUGUUCGGGUGCUUGCAAGGGUUACAUUUGUCUUAUCAGAUGAGCCUGAUGCUGUUGCUCUUUGCCGUGAGUAUGGUCUUGCAGCGUUAUUCGUUGAUUUGCUUCAGACCAAUGGUAUUGACAAUGUCCAGAUGGUCUCUGCCGCAGCUCUGGAGAACUUAUCUCUAGAAUCCAAAAAUUUGACAAGAUUGCCGGAGAUGCCACCACCAGGAUUUUGUGCUACUAUAUUUCCAUGUUUCAGCAAACAGGCCGUUAUAACAGGAUUGUGUCGCGUCCACCGGGGGACAUGUUCACUUAAAGAGAGCUUUUGUCUUUUGGAAGGACAGGCUGUACAUAAGUUGGUUGCUCUCUUGGAUCACACCAACGCAAAGGUGGUUGAAGCAGCACUUGCUGCACUUUCCACCUUGUUGGAUGAUGGUGUUGAUAUUGAGCAAGGUGUGUCCGUUUUGUGCGAGGCAGAGGGAAUUAAGCCCAUACUUGACGUGUUACUCGAGAAACAAACAGAGAAUUUGAGGAGAAGAGCCGUUUGGGUUGUAGAGAGACUUUUAAGGAAUGAUGAUAUAGCCUAUGAAGUUUCUGGAGAUCAAAAUGUGAGCACUGCACUUGUUGAUGCCUUCCACCAUGCCGACUACAGAACCCGGCAGAUUGCGGAGCGCGCCCUGAAGCACGUUGACAAGAUCCCAAACUUCUCUGGAAUUUUUCCAAACAUGGGAUAAGCUUCUUGUAUUGCACGCUUCUCAUGCAUAUUUGGGUGAGUAGCAACGUGUAUGUAGUUUUUAUCCUUUUGUCUCCCUACGUGGAUAGUUUUGAAAGUAGAUAUAUUGCUGUAUAUGUGGAUGGAUUUCCCACUUGUAGAGGGUUUCAAGAAAUUGUUCAUUUGUUCUUAAUGAUGCUAUUUUCAUUGACCUUCAUUUCUUUAUACGAACUACUAUUGUUUUUGGCAUUGAAUGGUAUAGACCUCUUUAGUUCUUUUA